AUGUCAGACAUGCAAAAGGGUGGAAGUGGUAGAGGAAGUGGUCAAUCAAGCUCUGCACAGAAAAGGCCUAUAGGAAGUGGUGAAUCAAGCUGUGCACACAAAAGGCCUACAGGAAGUGGUGAAUUAGUUGGGUUGAAAAGGGGUAGAGGAAGUGGUCAAUCAAGUUCUGCACAGAAAAGGCCUAAAAAUGCAGGCCUUGGAUGCUACAUAAACCCAACAACUGGAAGAACUGUCAUUAAUCCUGGUAGUUCAAGUGAGAGAGUUGUCAGGCACGGGACUAUGAGGGACACCAGUGCAGUUAACAUUGAUCUUGGAUUUAAACCUCCUGGUCUGAAGUUCCAAGGUAAAAGUGCUGUCACAACCACACAGCUACAACAACAGUCUAGAAACAGGAGAAAUAUAACCACCAACAAGCCUUCUACCCAACCAGAAGCAAAGAAGAAGCCAAUUUGGAAAUCCUGAAUGUUUGUUCAAACAAUUUAGUUCUGCAUCUAUUGUGAAACAAUUUGGCAGUUUUAGCCAAGUAUUUUUAUGUGUCUUAUGUCCUUUGCAUGAAACUGUUAUUUUGCAUGUAACUGUUAUUUUGAUGGCUAGCCGAGUACUUCUAUUAAAUGUAACUAUUUUUUUUGAUUAGUUAAAUGGUAGUUGGAUGGGGGUUGAAUGAAGAGUAAUUUAAUGGGGGUUGAAUGAAUUAAUUGGAGUAAUUGAAUGGUUGAAUGGUUCAAUGAAUGCUGGAGUAAUUGAAUGGUUGAAUGAGUUAGUUGGAGUAAUGGAAUGGCUGAAUUAGUUGGAGUAAUUGAAUGUUGUAUUACCCCUAUAUAAAUUACCUUCAUAGUCUUCCAUUUUACUAUCCAACAACCACACAAACGAAUUCACUCACAGUCUUUCAAACAAAAUGCAUCAUAUCCAGCAUUACACUAUUGGUUGGUUUGAGAAAACAUUGACCAAAUCCUAUAUACAAAACGAUGAUUUCAUUCUUCCAACUAUGGAUGCUCUUCCACAAGAUGACAAAGAAGCCGUUGUUUUAUACGACACAACCGCUUUCAAAAUGAAAUACAAGAUCGGUCGAAAGGCGCGCCUCAACAAUGGAUGGAAAGAGUUUGUUUAUGCAAAAGGUCUAAGGGAAGGGGAUGAGUUGCGUUUUGAAGUUUGUUAUCUACAGGAUCGCCUCUACUUCAUUGUUACUAAAGUGGAGGAGCCGGAGAUCAUAGAUGUUGAUAGGUCGUCUCUUUCUAUUUAUGAAAAAUGAAGUUUGGUUUGGUUUGAUUUGUUUUGUUUUGUUUUCGUUUACUUAAUGACGUAUGGUUUUGAUUUAUGU